AUGAACGAAAAUCUAUUCGCCUCUUUCAUUACCCCUACAAUCCUAGGCCUACCCCUAGUCACCCUAAUCAUUAUAUUCCCAAGCAUACUAUUCCCAGCACCCACCCUGCUAAUUACUAAUCGCUUAGUCUCCAUUCAACAAUGACUAAUCCAGCUCGUAUCAAAACAAAUAAUGAACAUCCACAACCACAAGGGACAAACUUGAACACUAAUAUUAAUAUCCCUUAUCCUAUUCAUCGGCUCAACAAACCUCCUGGGACUCCUGCCACACUCAUUCACACCCACCACACAACUCUCAAUAAACUUAGGCAUAGCCAUCCCCCUGUGAGCAGGCACUGUAAUCAUAGGCUUCCGUAACAAAACAAAAAUCUCCCUGGCCCACUUUUUACCCCAAGGAACACCCACACCCCUAAUCCCCAUGCUAGUAAUCAUUGAGACAAUCAGCCUAUUUAUCCAACCGAUAGCACUAGCCGUACGACUAACGGCAAACAUCACGGCAGGACACCUACUAAUGCACCUAAUCGGAGGAGCAACCCUCGCAUUAAUAAACAUCAGCAUAACCACCGCCCUUAUCACGUUCAUCAUCCUAGUCUUACUAACAGCUCUAGAGUUUGCCGUUGCCAUAAUCCAAGCGUACGUCUUCACCCUACUAGUAAGUCUAUACUUACACGAUAACACAUAA